AUGCCGGUGACUCCCGGGUUGGCCACCGACAAGAACCAGAAAGUUGCACAUGCUUCCUCGGGAGCAAAAAAGACACCCGAUGCCUGUUUCGGAGACCAAGGCGAGCAAUUAUCACCACCCCAACAGACCCGGAGAGGCAGUCCCACACAUGUAGACCUCUCGCUGUCUUCGACCGUCAUCGGCUUCAAGAAGCGCGCCGCGCUGGUCGCCGUGAACCUGGCAAUCAUGCUCAUCUCGGUCAUAGUGCUGUGGCAGGCCCUGUACUCCUACGCGUUCCGUCCGUCACAGCCGUACACGUUCUGGACCAGCCUGGUCACCAAGUCGUUCGUGUUCACGCUCCUCCUGCCCCUCGACGUCUUCCUCAUCCUCAUCAGUGGCUUCUUCGCUAUCGGCAGAGGGGUCGGCCUCGUCGGUGCGCUCCGCGAGAACGUCUCGCUCCUACAAGCCUACCAGGUCUUCAGCGUGCUCUUCGCGGUUGUGCUGACCACGCUAGCCGGUCUGGCCUUGGCGUACCCAGACGCCACUCGGAUGAGCGUUAUGGAGAAAUCGUCGUACGUCGACUUUGUGCGCGCUUACAGGAACAACCCGGAUUUUCAGCACCUGAUAGUCUCGGUGCAGGCGUCGCUAUGGUGCUGCGGUUUUUCCGAGGACUCCUUACGGGACUGGGACUACAACGAGUACUACAGCUGCAAGAUGAGUAACCCAAGCGUGCAGCGGUGCAGCGUGCCGCCGUCUUGCUGCUGGCCCGCGAAUUCUUCCAAGGAGGCCGCGAGAAACCGCCGCGUGAUGUGUGCGAGAGGCGUGCUCCUGAUGGACGACCAGUCUGCCUGGAAGGUCGUGUACACCAGAAGCUGCGCGGAUGCUACUCACGCGUACCUCGCCAGCAACUUUCGCGUCUACGCCACUGCCGCUCUGCUGGUGACGACAAUAUGUCUGGCGCUGAUCAUCGUUACGCGACGCGUGCAGAACGUGAUAACAGACCUGGCUCUCAUAUAUCAGAAAUACUACGAGACCGUGAGGUAUGGUUAG